AUGUGUAUCGUCCUAUACUAUCCUCCCUUUGCUCACACUACUAACCUCAAGAUGUUCUGUGCUUCUGUCCUUUGGCCACUUGCAGACUGCAGCUGCAAGUGGUCAAAGGCAGUGCUACAGUUUUAUUCAAGUGCUCACUCCCACAAGUGGUUCUUCACAGGCGGCGCGCUAUCAAUCCUUAUUGAUAGCGCGCCUUUCAGUGAUUUGGGGCAUGUCAUAGACGCGCCCAAGGGACUGGACACCUUGAAUUGUGGGUACUGGGGGAGUUUGUCUUGGCCAUCCAUGUCCCCAGGGACUGGACGCCUUGAUUCUUUCUAUGACAUUUUCUGUGGUUUUUUCCGCAUUGCUGGCCUGUUUUUUCCGGUUUUCAAUUUUGGUGGUCUACACCUUCUGUGCCUACCACCUUUCCUUAACAAGUUUAAUCCGAGCUCAGCGCAAAUGUAUUACCCUUUAUGGGCAUUUUCUGGUCAUGUGAUGCUUAAAUCUUUGCCCAACUUUUGA